CAAUGGCAGUGGCGUCUCGCUAUUCGAAAGGUUAUUGAGUUUUAAAUACGUUUUUAUCACUUCGCCUAAACAAAGGCCGAUGGAUGUUAAGAUGCGUGGUCGCGUCUUGGGAUGGAGCUUCCUGUGUUAGACAGCAGGAAAGUCUUGCUGGACAAUCUUUUGGCUAAAGUCACGCCUCUCUGCUCGACGAAGCUGCUCGCCAAGGAGAUCCUCCUGGAAAUCGCCAACAACCUCCAAAACAAGGACAUCAUCCGGCUUCUCCAGGACGACCAGGCUCUGUACGACACUGUCAACAAGUCCAACGCUUAUGCAAAUGAAAAGGAGGAACUAGGAGAACAAUUAUUUGACAAAGUGUCAUUGGUUGAACCGGACCUUUGUUCCAAAAUAACAGGAAUGCUUCUUGAGCUAGAUACAAUUACGAUAAAACAACUAUUAGUUAAUCAUGAACUCUUUUUGAAAGCAGUGGACAAAUCAAAAAAAGAAUAUGCCGAUUAUAUGCACCAACAAGAAAUGAAAGAGGAACUGGGUGAGACACUCUAUCAAGUAGUUUGUGAACAGUACACCAAAGAAAUUGCCAGCCAUUUAACAGGAAUGUUAUUAGAGCUGGAACUUGAUAUAAUAGAAAAUUUGUUAAAGAACAGAACAGAAUUGAAUAAAAAAUUGGAUUUAGCAUAUAAAGCAUACAAAAGUUAUCAUUUGACAAAUUAACAGGAGUCAACUGUAUUGUAAGAAGUUUUGAAAAUUCUUAGUGAUGUCAAAUCAACAAGAGCUUUCAGGUUACAUAAAAAAUGUUCAUAUCAACCUAAGACUGAUAGCUAGAAAAAUAGGAGCAGAAGCGGCCUGGGAGCAGCAUUGCAAAAAUGAAGAUACUUUGGAGAAAUAUGCUUUAGCAAUGAAAGAUCUUGCUACAAAACAUUGGGAGAAAAAUAACGGCCAAGAUCCAAAAUUGAAUGGGGUUUAUUGGAUUAGAGAACAGUGUAAGUUAUACUUUUUUGAAAAAGGCCAAGACAUAGUUCGUGAAAAAGAAAUAAAAAUGGAACUGAAAUUCUUCAACAGGAAAUCAGAGUGUGAAACUAAAAAUAAGGUUAAUGUUAUAAAACUUCUUGACGUUGGAAGUUGUUACAAUCCUUUUAAAAAGUUUCCAUUUUUUGAUGUCACUGCUUUAGAUUUAGCCCCAGCGUGUGAAGACGUUUUGAAAUGUGAUUUUUUAAAACUUGAUAUAGAUCAGUGUACAUUUCUUUCAGAAAGUUAUUUUCAUGUUGUAGUUUUUUCACUAUUACUCGAGUAUCUUCCGGAUGCAAAGCAAAGGUACUUAUGCUGUGAAAAGGCUUAUAAAUUAUUGACACCCGGUGGUCUUCUCAUAAUCAUCACACCUGAUUCAAAACACGAAACAGCAAAUUCUAAAAUAAUGAAAAGCUGGAGAAAAUCUCUCGCACAUUUAGGCUUUCUUCGUAUUACUUAUGAAAAGUUGAAACAUUUGCAUUGCAUGAUUUUUGUGAAAUGCAUUAAUCCUCUAGUUCCUCGACAUUGGUGCGACCUCCAAGGGGUUAUUGAGUCUCCUCAAGAGCUAUUGAGGAUACCACAAGACGAGACGACUUACGAAGAACUGGAAGAAAAACAUGAAUUCAAAUAUGAACGAAGUGAAUCCGACAAUAACAAAUUGGCUGAAACAUUUUCCUUUUUAGCUGGGGAUUAUUGACUUAAAUUUUGAAUAUUUUGUCCUCUUUUAGUUUGGUAGUGAUAAAGGAAAGUGGUCUACUUUUUAACUUUGUUCCAGGUUAAAUGUUUCAUUCUGUAUUCCGAGCAAUGUAAAAUUCUACUUGAGAGAUGGUUUGAUUUUUUCUCCCUCUUAAAUGUGGCUUAAGUGCCAAAUUAAUAAUAAAACCCCCAGGAGAUUUAAAAAAUGGACUUUAUUACAUUUAAAGAAAAUUAGAACUUGAUACAUUAAAACCACAGUUUAAAUACUCUCAAUUUGAAGGACGAUGAAUUAAACCUAAGCUGGUAUGCCCAUUAUGUAUUUGGAUCGAUUUCCAAAUUCAGACAAGGCAAAACAAUAUUUUUGAACUAAACCAAAAUUUGUAAUAAAAUUUACCUGUAACAAUCAGGCUGUAAUUAUACAAUUUGUAUUGUGUUAUACUAUUUCUAGGUAGUUAAAUGUUGAAUAAAUCAUUAUUUGCAUAAAUAUGCAAUUGGAAAAUUAUGGACUUUAUAAAUACUGUAGAUCACUGUUGCAAUUUAAUUGAACAUUUUAAAUCAAUUAAAAUGUUAUUUAAUAAAAUAAAAUUAAUAAUGAAUAUAAACUGUGAUUGACCAUCAAAGGUGUAAAUGUGUUUACGUAUUUUUAUUCUUGUUAAAU